AGAUACUUAUAUGUACGACUUAACACGUCAAUAAUUAUAGUCGCUUUCACUGUAACUCAAAAAUCAACCAUGGCGUGAAAUGGAAGUUACUUCAAAAUUAAGACAACCAGAACAGAGAAAAUUAGCUGACAUUUUCUACUUCUCAAAAUAUAGUCAUGUCCGACUCAAAUGGUGACAUAAAAACAGUUCAGCAAACAAUUCAAAAUGGGGAUGUCGAAACUGGUUCCAUUGCCGAAACAUCUAUAUCCAAUGGCAACGAACCUCCGAAACUAUACCAGGCCAAUACCUUCCGAAAGGAAUACCGUCAACCCCACAGCGAGGACUCUAUCAAAGACUCGUGCUGCGACCAUUUUAACUCAAUGUGUAAUUGCUCUUCAGAACACUUGAAGAAGGGCUUCUUUAAAACUGUGCCUAGUAUAAACAUUAUGAAAAAAUAUAAAAUUAGAACUGAUCUUCCGAAUGAUAUCAUUGCUGGAUUUACCGUUGGUGUUAUGCAACUUCCACAAGGUAUGGCCUACGCUAUGUUAGCAGAUCUCCCACCUAUUGUUGGACUUUAUGUAGCAUUCUUUCCCGUUCUUCUCUAUUAUAUAUUCGGAACAUCAAAACAUAUUUCAAUGGGUACUGUGGCCGUUGUGAGUCUGAUGACUGGAUCUAUUGUGUCACAACUAGACGAAAAGCCAGGAGUUGUAACAUUAACAGUCGAACCCUACAAUGUGACUGGUGGAAAUUAUUCCACAACAACACCGGGUACACCGGAUCUUAUUUCUGCGCUGGACAUAGAAAAGAUGGCGUUAGCGGCGUCUGUAUGUUUUCUUGUGGGUGUGAUACAAACAUUAUUUGGUGUUUUCCGCUUGGGAUUUGUUACCACGUACAUGUCCGACCCUCUGGUCAGUGGAUUCACCACCGGCGCUGCUGUACAUGUCUUCACUAGUCAAGUCAAGUAUAUAUUUGGAUUGAAGAUAAAGCGGUUUCCAAACUUAUAUCAAAUAUUUAAUACGUACAGAGCAAUUAUUGAGAACAUUGGGGAUACAAAUCCAGCUACAAUAAUAAUGUCGGCUAUUUGUAUUGUGAUUUUGUAUAUAGUCAAGGUUCAGGUCAACACGAGAUUCAAGAAACACUUGAAAAUACCUAUACCUGUUGAAUUAGUAGUGGUUGUCAUUGGUACACUGGCCUCUCAUUAUGGACAUUUUCAUGAUAAUUAUGGAAUGAAAACUGUUGGAAAAGUCCCUGCUGGGUUACCACUACCUAAAAUUCCUUCGUUCAGAGAUGCUGCCGAUAAUUUCAGUGAAGCUAUCAUUGUUGCUGUUGUUGCAUUUGCUCAGUCUGUUUCUCUAGCUGCCCUUAUGGCCAAGAAACAUCAUUAUAGAAUAGAUUCUAAUCAGGAAUUCAUUGCAUAUGGAUUAUCUAAUAUAUUUGGAUCUUUUUUCUCCUGUUACCCUGCUGCAGCCUCUGUUUCCCGUAGCUCUGUCCAAGAAUCAGCAGGUGGUAAAACUCAGCUAACGAGUGUAUUUUCUGCCGCUCUUGUGCUCGUUGUAAUUUUGGUCAUUGGACCUCUCUUUGAAGAUCUACCAAAUUGUGUAUUAUCAUCAAUCAUUGUGGUAGCAUUGAGAAGCAUGUUUAUGCAGUUGUUUCAGCUUAGGAAGCUCUUUCAUGUAUCAGCUUAUGAUUUUGUUAUAUGGAUAGUAACAUUUGUAUCAGUUGUAGUAUUCUAUGUAGAUAUUGGCUUGUGGGUAGGAAUUGGAUUUUCAUUUGUGACAGUAGUCGUCAGGACACAGGUUGCGAAGGCCAGGAUAUUAAAGAAAAUCGAUCCCGUUAACGCAUUCGCAGAUGAAUCUAAAUAUGUGAAGACUCGUGGAUUCUCAGGAAUAAGAAUUGUCGGGUUCAACGCACCACUUUAUUUUGCAAACGGCGACCUUUUCCUCAAACAAGUAUAUACAUUAUCAGAUACCAAACCAGAACGAGUAAGGAAACAAAUAAAAAGGCUUGGAUCCAUAUCGGAAUUCAGACGACAGAGUUCCCUUAAAUCGCUAGAGUCUAUAUCAUCAUUCCGUUCAGCUCGUUCUGAUUCCUCGACUAGAAGCUCAAAUCCAGGAAGCUCAUUAGAAGAGAACGGAUUCUUGCCAACAUCAAAUGAUCUUGCUCCAAUGGGAAGACCAAUAGAUACCAGUAUGGCCGACUGUGGAUACGUCCAUCAUAUCAUUCUUGACUGCUCCGCCAUGUGUUUUAUUGAUACGGUGGGCGGAAAGAUUCUUAAACAGUUGUGUGAUGAUUAUAAAUCAAUUCAUGUGACAGUGCUUUUGGCGUGCAUUUGUGAUCAGGCAUGGUCAGUGCUAGAAAAGACGAAGUUUGUUGAAAAAUAUGGUGACGUUACGUAUAUGACAGUUGAAGAUGCAGUUACUGCUGCUAGACUUGCAUCGCCGGCAGAGGAGAGAAAAUUGAAAAUUUAUCUUGAAACUAUUAUGGAGGAAUCAGAAAUUAACACAGAGACACAAUUAAUUUCUGAUAAUACUUGACACCCGAAAAUAUUCACAUGUAAAUAAAUCCAGUAGGAACAUACGGGUACCAGUUAUCACUCCUGAUAUUCGAGCAGUGGAAAGUAAGGGUAAAACGAAGAUUGAACUCCGAUCAUUGCAAUACGAACUAAUUAACCGGUUAUUUCACAUUGCAUACUGUUAAGUACUGAUUCUGUUAUAGUUUGAAACAAAUGUUGUGUUUUAAUCCCACAAGUGCCACUUGUUAAGAAUAUAACGUUACACCAGAUAUCGUUCAUAUGUUAUUGCUGAUUUAAAAGAAAUCUAUUUAGGUUAUUAUUUUCGAUUUUACUAUAUUUAGGUUUGCUUAACAAAUUCUAAAUAGUUACUUAUAAAAUAAAAAUAAUUAGCAUGCACUCUUGCACAAAAGUGUAUACUGUGAAAAAUGUCUUAAUUAUUCCUAUUUUUUUCUAUGUGUGUCCUUUUUUCUACAAAUGUCCCCAUGCAUGCUCAACUCUAAUACAUGCAAUGCCAAUUCAAGUAAUGCUGGUAUAUCUAGAGUACACUGUUUUCGGCCAUAUUAGUCACUGAAAUAUAGCAAUGCAUUUUACAAAAAGUGCAUGUAAUUUUGUUUGUUUUCUUGUCUUCAAAAUAAGACAUUUUGUAAUGUUUAUAAAUAUUUUUCAUUUCACUUUGCCUUAUUCAUAACACUGUAUGUAUACAUGAAUUGUGUGUUUGCUUUAUAAUCUAUUGAUCUUCUUUUUAUGUAUUCUUUCUUUCUUUUUUUCAUUAACUGUUUAUUUAAUCAGGGUAUUAUGUAGCAUAGAUUAUAACUCAUGUCGUUGUGACGAGUUCAGUAUAGAUGGGAUAAGUCACUAGUUCUUCACAUGUUUAUGAUUUUUAUUUUUACUGUGUAUGAAAAGACCAGAGAACUCAACUCUUAUUUCAUGAUAAAAAAAUAUAUGUAUGUUUUUUUUAAGAUACAGUGCGGUUAAAUGAGUGUGACUUUUAACACAAAUUCAUUUUUAAUGUCAAUCGACCAUAUAGCUGCACGUUUAUAAACUUGUUUUUCUUAAAGUCAAAAAUCUUAUCAUUUAAAAUUGUCUAUUUUAUCGACCUAAAUGUGACAAAAUGGAUUAUUUGUCAAUAAAAAACAAUUCAAGGAAUCUCCGUUCAGCCUUUCUGUAAGUGAGUGCUCAAUUAACAAAAUAGUCUUUUACAGAUUAUGAACUUUUUAAAUGUUUAUGACGCCAUUUAAAACCUCUCCAAUUCAUUGGUGUUGCAAUAAAUGCGGCAUAGAAAACCAAAAUAUCUGUUAUGUUCGUCUGCCAAAUAAAUGUGUAUACAUUGUACACAUGAUAUAUGUAUGUUGUACACACGAUAGAGAUACGAUUACUUGUGAUAUUCUUGUUAAACAGUUUUGUUCACGACAUUGUAUAAUAUUGAUGCAUUAACUGUAAAUACAAAUAUUGUUAUGUUA